AAGGAUCCCGGCCUACUUUUGCAUCGAUUUUCAUUCUGACAUUGUGUCUUGUUUUAUUGUUGUGUUUUGCGAUGUGAUUUUUCACGCAGCUCAAAAAUAACAUUCUUCCAGAAAUUGUAAGUGAAUUCUCAUCGAAAUAUUGUUCAAACUGUUUUCAAACGUAGGACUACAUUGAACAGAAAUACAUAGGGCGUACAGUUACUUUCCCAGGUUUGCAACCAACCUUAUUUUUAAAGAGAACAAAUGAAUCCAAUACAUACGACACUUAACAUUUUUCAGGUACUGCACACUGCUUAACAUUUUUUGAAGCUGCACACCAACGGGUUCUGCAGCCAAAGGGUUCUUCAAGUGUGACAAGUGCAGCAAAACGUUCGAAAUGGCGGAUCAGCUCAAAUCCCACUUGCUGGAACACCCGAUCGAUGUGGAGAAGAUUUUCAACUAUGAGUUCUGCUCGAACACCUUCAAAUCGAAUGAAGAUCUAAAGCGCCAUCGCAGAUCGCACACAGGUGAACGCCCGUUCAAGUGUGACACCUGUCCAAAACCGUUUACCCAGCUUUCGAAUCUACGUGCCCAUACAAAAAUUCACGAGAAGAAGCGAACCGCGUAUGGGUGUAAUAUUUGUCUGUUGGAGCUUGAUUCGCUGGAAGCGCAUAGUUUGCAUCUCAAAACACAUCAGUUCCAGCUUUUUGAGUUAUGUAAAGAAAUGAGACAAUAGUUUGUGAUUGGACGAAAGUGUCUCGAUAAGAAUCUGUGUUAACCCGUAUCCGUACUAUAUACAUAUGCCAAUAUACACAAGUGUUUUUAGAUUUUUGAAACACCCAACUAACAAUUCCCCAUCAGUGUGACGUUUUGAUAAUAGUUUUGUUCUGCACUAUGUUUGAUAAUGCCUGAACUAUUUGCAAUCAAAAUGUCUAUUCAAACCUUGUUCACGCAAAUUAGGAGAAAUUAUUAAGCU